AUGGCAGACGACAGCCCAGAACAAGCAACAUCCAGGAAUAGAGUAUCAUUCAGUACGAAAGUGAAACUGUCGGCUGAAGACUCAGAUCCAGAGCCUGAGCCUUCACAGAUAGAGAAAUGGAAAUCAAAAAUAUUCAGGAGAAGCUCCAGUGAUGGCAGUGCUAGUGGCACUGGCAGAUAUUCCCAGGCUCGGAGUAGUAGUGCCCACAGGGAAUCCAAUAACCUAGUGGUGGACGAGGAGUAUGAAGACGACGUUGAAGGGGAAGACGUUGAAGGACAUCAAGAAAUGACUGAGGCCGAGUUUAGAAGACGAAAUCUUGAAAAGGCCUUGAAUGGAGGCAUAAAUGAGUGCCUCCGAUUUCAAACUGGAAAACGUGGAAAGAUAACGAAGACUGGUAACAAAAGCGAUAAACACGAAGUAUGUCUAAAAUUCAAACGAGGUUAUGCAACGUGCUGGUUUGACGAAGAAUGCCGCUUGUUCCUAAAGUAUCUAAAGGCACUAACAAAACACUUUGCCGAAUAUCACGAAAAGGGAAACAUUCCUGAACAGAAAGAACUAAACGAAAGG